AAGGGUAGGGGUCCGAACCGCGGGCUCGGGCGGGAGAAUUCGGGGCGUUGCUAAGGCUCGGCUACCCUUUUCCGCGCCCCAGGGUGCGCUCAGGGUUUAGGAUGCGGCGGGAGAGGAGUCUGACUAAGGGAAUUGAGAAGGGGUCAGGGAGUGAGGAGAGGCCAGGAGCUGCAGGCCAGCCCUGGGGGCAGGCGCUGUAGGGCCGAUGUCCCGGUAAAGGGCGGAAUUGCCAGGGCCUGGACUGGACGCAUGCCGGGGAGUGUGCCCGCGCGGCCCCCACAAGGUGCGAGUAGGCUGCCAGGAGUGGCAGAGGUGGAAGGGCACCCGGGCAGAUUUGGGACGGUCACAAGGCCUGAUAAUAGCGCUGACGCUGAGAAGCCGUUGAUGCCGCAGCGAGCUGGCCGGGUAGCGCUGUGCGCCCGCGGGCGGCGGCCUACCUGGGGGGGCCAGGCGUGGCGGCACCUUUCCAGCCUGUUGGGACGGCGCGUGGUCCCCCGGCGACGCCACGCCUCCUCUGGCGUUCGAUUGGUCAUCGUGCCCGGGCCGCCGGGCCGCUAUUGGUGGAGGCGGAGGCGGGGCUGGCGGUGUGGUUGCCUGGUAGGUGGAGUCGGGGUGCAACCAGUCCUUAGACGCUAAAGGCCUGAGGCCACGGCAGCAGCCGCAGCUCUCCCUCUGAGGUCUUGCGCCCGAGGUAGGGGCGGCUUUUAUUUUUUUUUUAAUCUUUAAAGGCGGAGACGGCGGCGGUGGCGACUUUACGUUGACGUCUUUGAAAACCUGCUUACCUUUUUCAGGGCUCUCCAGCCCUCGCCUCCAGAUGUGAAUUGGACUUAGGAUAGUUUUUUCAGGGCGGUAGGAAUUGCUUGUGGAUCCAGUUUGUACUCUUAUGUGCUACUUAUUUCGUGUGCGCAUUAUUGUUUAUGCCCUCUUCUUUCUCCCCUUAAAAAGAAACUACUUUUUUAUUUACCUUGAAUAUAUUUUUGAGUUUUCUUUUCUUUUUUCUUUUUUUUUUUUUGAGACAGAGUCUCACCCUGUCGCCCGCGCUGGAGUGCAGUGGCGUGAUCUCGGCUCAACUGCAACCUCUGACUCCCGGAUUCAAGUAUUUUUCCUGUCUGUCUCCCACGUUGCUGGGAUUACAGGCGUGCGCCACCACGCCCGGCUAAUUUUUGUAUUUUUAGUAGAGAGAGGGUUUCACCAUGUUGGCCAGGCUGGUCUUGAACUCCUGACCUCAAGUGAUCCGCCUGCCUCGGCGUCCUAAAGUGCUAGGAUUACAAGUGUGAGCCACCGCGCUUGGCCUUGAGCUACUUUUUAAAAGUUAAGUUCACUCGCAAAGGAUGUGUGCCAUUCACCAUUGACAAAAAUCUUAAGACCAUUCAGUAUUACCUGUUGGGAUGGUUUUUGUUGUUGUUGUUGUCUUGUUUUUGCCUAUUAGAAGUUGAUCUAUACUGCUAGUAUAAAUAACAUCUGCUCUGUGCUAAUGGACUGGGAAAAGUACAAAGCUAAAAAAGUUAUUGGCUCAAUAACUUGAGCCAAUAACAUGUCUAAUCACUGUGCUGUGAAAUAAAAGACGUUAAGAAGAUAUUUCCUGCAAUCAAAGGUGGGAAGGUGAAGGACAGCAGCAAAUUUGUUUUAAAACAAAUUCCACACAGCACCUGUGUGAGCACUGGGGAAGCAGCGCCUAACAUAACUGCCCAGAAACUAACUGCAGGUCAUUCCUAUAGCCUUGCUGGAGCAAGGGGCCUGGAGAGAGGUGGGGGAGAUUAACCCAUCCUGGGAUGAGUCAUGCAGGGCCCACCGAGUCCUAUCCUGUGGGAUUGUGCUCAAAGGGAGAGCAUAAGGUUUCCUGUUAGGUGGUAAGAUUCAUUCCGCUGUCACUGGUGAACACCUACUGUGCACCAGGCUCCAAGGUCGGUUCUUGAGAUAUCACCAUGAACAAGACAGGCAGGAGUUGUGACUAUUCUGUCUUUGACACGCAGUCAUAAGGGAGAUGGGGACAGGUGCUGCUGCAGAAGCCCGAAGGAGAGGCACUGAACUUGGACAUGGGGGAGUUAGGGAGCAAGACCGGUGCUAGGGCAUAACAACAUGUCAGAGUUUUCAGAGGCGAAAGUAAGGCGGAGUCCUCCAGUAUGGCUGCAGAGUGUGUUAGUGGGAGGGUGAGAACAUAGGCCAAAACGGUUAGCAGGAGCCCUGUGAUACAUGAAAGGCCCUGCAACCAGCAGUUUGGACUUUAUCCUGAGAGGAAUAUGAACCAAUUAAAGGGUAUUGGUUUGGUUGGGUUUUUUAAAAUUAUAAUUAGUAUUAAUGACAAAUUUGUGGGAUACUCUGUAGCUCCUAAUACAUUUGUCAUUACUUGUAUUUUUAUUCCAUCUUUUUUUUUUGGUCUUGUUUUUAAGCUAGUAACUUCAAAUUUCACAAAACAUUAUCUUUCAUUGAAGGGUUUUAUUUCUGAAAGCAGCAUGAUCAAAUUUGCAGUUUUAAAAGAUGACUCAGGCGGGGCAUGGUGGCUCACACCUGUAAUGCUAACACUUUGGGAGGCAGAGGUGAGCAGAUUGCUUGAGUCCAGGAGUUUGAGACCAGCCUGUGCAACAUAGCGAAACCCCGUCUCUACAAAAAAAUUAGCUGGGCAUGGUGACACACACCUGUGGUCCCAGCUACUCGUGAGGCUGAGGUGGGAGGAUCACCUGAGCCUGAGAGGUCGUGGUUGGCAGUGAGCCAUGAUUGUGCCACUACACUCCAGCCUAGGCAUCAGAGCAAGACCUUGUCUCUAAAUAAAUAAUAAAACAGAAGAUGACUCUGGCUGCAGGGUAAAGAGUGGAUUAGAGGGGUCAUAUAGAUGACAAAUGGGUAAAAAAUUGGUGGCCGUCACCAAGGCAAGAGAUAACAGGGUUCUCAGCUGGAAUGGAUUGGUGGAUUUGAGAGCUGUUUUGGAGGUAGAGUGAACAAGUGUGGAGAGGCCAAGUCCAAGGAUGGUGCUCAGGUUUCUGGCUGGGUGGCUAGAGAAAUGGCAUGGCAUUCACUGGGAUGGGGCACCUUGGAGGAGGAGCUGGUCGGAGGUGUGGGAGAAAGGUAAGUUCCGGUUUGGAAACAUCAUCUGAGGUGGCCAUCUGAGUAACUGGCUGUGUGAGACUGAGCUCCAGCGAGAGGCUGAGAGUGUGGAGGGGAGGGUGGAAAUGGAACCCCUGGAAGUGGAUGAAGAGCCAUGGGAGUAUGGUUCAUUUAAGGGAGAGACCAGAGAAGUGGGAGGAAACCCAGGACAGUAUUAAUCUCUGAAGCCAAAGGAAGAGAGCAUUUCAAGGAGGGAGUGGUGGUGAAUAGUGGAAUACACUGAGUGGCCUAAGUAUCCUGGAUUUUCGCUUUAGACUGGGUGGUAUGGUGAAAAGAGUAUGAACUUUAAGUCCUGGCCAGUGGCUUCAACCCCUGUGACAUAGGACACAUUUGUAACCUCUGUGAGCUCCAGUUUAAUCUGUAAAACGGGUUUAAAAUACCUAGCUCUAAGAUGCUAUGAGAUUUUGAGGUGGUGUCUAUAGAUGCCUCACCCAGUGCUACUCUGGGAGCAGAGUGGAGGGGGGGUUGGCAUAGUUGAGGCUGGAGACUGCCGCAGAGGUCAUUAGGAUGGAUCAGUGGAGGCCAGACUGGGAAGAUUGAGGGCUUGGUCAGUGGGACUUGGUCAUGUAGCAGCAGGCAUGGUGAGUUUUAUGUGUCUCCGAGGUUUCCAACCUGGAUUCCUGGAGUAUCCCAGUGUGGAUUGGAGAAGAGGCAGGUGCGUGGAGAACUGUUGACCAAGUUUCCAUUUUGGACAUGUUGAAUUUGAGAUGCCUGUGGGCCAUUUGAGGGAAGACAAGGAGACAUUAGCAGAGUCUGGGGAGAGGCCAGCCUGGGCUGGAGAUGUGGGCAUUACCAGCAUGUGUGUGAAGCCUGGAUAUGGGUGAGGUUACUCUGAAAGGAGAUAAGAGGAGCAGUCCUAUGUGAAGGGCAGGCCAAAGAAGAGAAGGAGAGAGAAACCAGAAACUGUGAGGAGAGGCACUCAGCUAUAUGGCAUGUACCAGAGAGGCCAAGUAAGAUAAGGGCAGGGACAGGAACGGGGUCCUGGGGUGCAGCAGGUGCUUGGUGAGCCCUCAGAGGCUGUUAGUGGAGGAGAUUUAGCUGGAUAGCAAACUGGGGGGGGUCUGCGGAGGGACUGGCACAGAGCAAGUGGAGAUGGUGUAGCGUCAGGCUGGAAAGAUGGAUGCUUUGGAGCCUGUUGCCUGGCAGAAGAGGAGAUGCCAGUGGGAGCGAGAGACCCAGUGUGUGAAGAAAGGGGGCUCAUUAAUGCCACAAAGUCUUGGGGAGAGACUAGAAACACAGAACUCAUGAGAAUAUUGGUUGGCAGAAGAGCAGGACACCUCUUGGGGACAGGGAGUUGAUGUAGAUACAGACUUGCUAAAAUACGCACACCUUACUUGGUUUUACCUGUUGUCUUAUCAGACCACCCUUUGGUACUUCAGAAGUUAUUGGAUCGUGGUUGUAAACUCCAGUUUUUAAUGACCUUAGUUCCCCCCACCCCCUGCCUCCAACAGUCUUAUGAGGAAUUCCAGUUUUAACUGGCUCCUUUGGUGGAAUUUGAGAUACCCUCUCUUCUCUGUUAAGCAAAUACUGCAGAUUACAAAUAUUUCAGUUCCAGGUAAGUAGUUAUGUGAUGUGUAAUGGAAACUUUAUAUAUAUUCAUCUUAAUGUUUUAGGGCCACAAUGUGUCAUUUAUUUAAAAAAUAAUAGUGCAAAUGCCACUUAAUAAGGGAAGAGAUCUUUGGGGAUGAAUUUGCCAAACAUUUUUGGAGAAGAUAGCUAUUUAUUUAUUUAUUUAUUUAUUUUAGGGAAGGGGAAGAAGGUCACUGGUUGGAUUUUAAGUACCUUUUCACAGUCAUUUGUGAUACUACUGGGUUCUAGGGGUCUGGAGAAAGGAUGCUAUCCUCUAAUGAUAGCACCAGUGCUGGAAGCUGCAGCUCCUGGAACUAAGGGAGGUAUACUUAGUCUUUGAAGGAGUUCCACCCUUCCAGGUGGUGUCUGUAAAUUAGCCAGUGUAUAUGACGGUUCAUGGGUUGAAGGAGAAGCAGCAAAGCCAGGGGAGGCUACUGGUCUGUAGGACUGUGUGAUCUGCUUAGGGCCCAGUGAGAUGGUAAGGGGAAAGUUUUAAAUGAAGGAAAUACUAGGUUCUACAGGAAGUGGCACUUACAUUUUACACAGUGGUUGAGCUUAAGGUUUCAUUUGCUUUGGCUUGGUCCUAUAAAUACCUAUAGGUCUUAGAGCGAAGGGAGCCUGCACAUCAUCAGUUCAAAGUGAAAGCACUACAUUCAAUUGACUUUGCUUUUGCAAAGAUAGGGAGAUGACCAGUAACUUUUUGAGUCAGAACAAAUAGGGAAGAGUGGUCAGUGGCAUGGAAAUAGUUUUGCUCCCACUGAGCAAUAUGUCUAUCAGCAAUACGAAGACCAGAGAUACCUCUUGCAGCAUCCAAUGUCCUCAAUAACAUUGCAGUAUUUUUAAUUUCUGGCUGUACUUUUUCCUUCUCCGAGGUAUGAAGAAAACAUGAGGCACCACCAGUUACAUCCGGUAAUCAAGGCUUUCCUGUGUGGCUCCAUUAGUGGGACCUGCUCUACCCUCCUUUUCCAACCUCUGGAUCUCCUUAAAACACGCCUGCAAACCCUCCAGCCCUCAGAUCAUGGGUCUAGACGUGUUGGGAUGUUGGCUGUACUCUUGAAGGUGGUUCGCACGGAGAGUCUUUUGGGCCUUUGGAAAGGGAUGUCCCCUUCCAUUGUGAGAUGUGUCCCUGGCGUUGGAAUCUACUUUGGCACUCUCUACUCUUUGAAGCAGUAUUUCUUGCGAGGCCAUCCCCCAACCGCCCUGGAGUCAGUCAUGCUGGGGGUGGGCUCUCGUUCUGUUGCAGGGGUCUGUAUGUCACCUAUCACUGUAAUCAAGACGCGCUAUGAGAGUGGGAAAUAUGGCUAUGAGAGUAUCUACGCUGCCCUGAGGAGCAUCUAUCACAGUGAGGGGCACCGGGGCCUCUUCAGUGGCCUGACAGCAACUCUCCUUCGAGAUGCGCCCUUCUCAGGAAUCUACCUGAUGUUUUACAACCAGACCAAAAAUAUAGUGCCUCAUGACCAGGUGGAUGCAACCCUUAUUCCUAUUACAAAUUUCAGCUGUGGGAUAUUUGCUGGUAUUCUGGCCUCACUGGUAACUCAACCUGCGGAUGUUAUCAAAACUCAUAUGCAGCUUUACCCACUGAAGUUUCAAUGGAUUGGCCAAGCAGUGACACUUAUUUUCAAAGACUAUGGACUACGUGGCUUCUUCCAAGGUGGCAUCCCCCGAGCCCUCCGCAGAACUCUAAUGGCAGCAAUGGCGUGGACGGUGUAUGAAGAGAUGAUGGCCAAGAUGGGCCUGAAGUCCUGACCAAGAGAGGACUGGGAACGGGUGAAAUCUAUUGCCCUGCUUGGUUUCUGCCAAGGGCUGCUGCUUCUUACUAUUCUGCAGUAAGAUGAAGUCCUACCUGGAAAACCAGGCAGAAAUUGUGUUGCCUUUGCCUUCAGUAAUCCCUUUAAGGAGAAAAUAUAUGGACCUGAUUUGAGCCUUCAGAAUCUCCAAAAGAGGAGUCACCAAUACAUAGAGCACACUGGGGUGUUAGGAGAGAGCUUUGCAUACUCUGAGAGGCUACUUGGAAAGGCAUUUUCCCAGGAGAGCUCUGUCAGGUGGCUGCACUUCAGCCCCACCCCUACACCACAGGGUCUCCUUGGGUAUGUUCUUGGGCAAGCAAUCGCAAAGCCAGAGAAGCUGUAAGCUGCCUGCCGGGCCUGAGGAGCUCCAACCAGGGAAGACUGGAUGUGAGGAGAGGAGUCACUGUCACCAGGUCACAGACUGACUGAGGUGAUGGUAGGAUGAGGAGGAACAGAUGCCCUUCUUUAAUUGGUUCUCAGUUAACUUCUCAGAGGCUCUGGAGAACGGGACAGUGGCUUUCUAGCCUCUGAAUGUUCCAAAUAAAAUUUUUUGGUCUUGGCCCCUGUACUGUUUUACCUCUAAAUUCUGGCAUUUUUUUUCCCUGCAAUUAAAGUGCUUUACUUUA